CUUGAGGUCUCACCCAGCACCCUUCUUCCUGAGCCGAAACCACCACCCUGGCCCUGGAAGCCCACACCCUCUUCACUGCCCACUGUCUGGCAGUUCUCCUCCCGGCCUGACCCUGCACUUGGAGCCACCCUCCCUGACUGCCCUGGCCCCUGCCCUUCCUGCCCUCAAUGGCUGGGACUGGGGCUGGGGCUGGGACUUCCCAGUCUCGCUCCGCCGCUCAGGCACUAAGACAGCCCAUGUUGCAGGAUAAAAUGCCCAGUGGUUCGCAGAUGGCCAGGCCCCAGAAGACCCUGCUGUCUCUUCCUCAGGGAAAAGAGAUCAAGGCAGCCACUGGCAUGCCCAACCUUUUGCGCAGCCAGAAGUGCAACUUUCUCGACCACCCUUUGGAUCAGAGGCUCACCUGCCCCUCCCGGCGUCUCUGCAGCCCCCACUCUCUUCCAACAUCCAAACUGCCAAAGAAGCCAAAGAUGCAAGGAACCGGGGACAUGUUUCCCACUGACUGGAGUCCACCACCUGUAGACUUCCUGACAUCAAGAACACCUCCGGCCAGCAGGAGGCGACCUGCCCAGAUGUGGGUGGGUGCAGCAAGGCCCCAGGGCCCAAGGAGACUGACCUGCCUACCCGGGAAGUCAGAACAGGAGCCCCAGGACUCAGACCCUAGCGGGGGCCUGGCUUCAUUAAAACAGCUAUUCUGGAAUCUGUCAGGCCCAAGCCAGAAGGUUGCAGCCCCUCUCAUUAACACUCAGACCUCUUUCUCUGGGAGCUCAGAAGAAUACAUCAAUAGCUUAGACUACUUGCUACAGGAGAAGAGGGAACAAGCCUUAGAGGAGGAGAGGGAGGAGCUGCUUCUGCAAGACUGUCCUAACCUCAAAGCCCUGGAUCUCAACGAAGAGGACACACCUCUCACACCAGAGCAUAGGGUGCUGGUGGAGAGGUUCUCCGUGUCACUACAAGCAAUCCCACAAGUCCAUCCGGGGGAGACGGUGUUUCUACCCAGGCAGCACCCCCUGCCUUGCAUCCUGGACUGUUCACACCUAAAGCCACGCAACCACCUGGAAGGCUUAUUCCUCAGUUCCCCACCUGCCCAGCAGCUCUCCUUCCUUCGCAGUGGCCUCCUGAGCAACCUCUACCUGGAUACACCUGACUGCCCCGUGCCCCUGCUCCAGUGGUUGUUCCAGCUACUUACAUGGCCUCUGGACACUUCUUCAAGAGCCUUUGAUCUCCUUUGGGAUCUCAGUGUGAAUAAGCUUUUCCUGCAGUCUGAUGAAAGCAGACCCUUGUGGUGCCCUUCACUGCAAGAUGUCCUGGGAGCAUUUCAUGGUCUGGGCACCCACAGUCCUGAUCUCUACAGGCUGGCACCCUCUCAUCAGGGCAGGAGAGUGCUUAAGAGUGAGGGCAGCCUGCAUGAGAGGAAGCCACAGGACACCCCCUGGGAGAUCACCUUGGACAUCAGCCUAGGCUACAUCUGUAAGUUCCUGGCACUGUGUGUCCUAGCCUGGCCAGGGACCUACACGGAUGGCAAUAUCCUGAGCCUCAUCGAGUUGCUGUGCCGAGCCAGUCUGGAUGUGGGGCUCCGCCUGCUGCCCAACACAGACCUCCAGCAGCUCCUCCUCCUGCUCCUAGAGAACAUUCAGGAAUGGCCAGGGAAGCUCCAGCAGCUGUGCUGCUGCCUUAGCUGGAUGUCUGACCACCACCAUAACCUGCUGGCCCUAGUGCAGAGCUUCCCGGACAUCACCCCCAGAAGCAGGCAACUGCGAAGCCAGCUUAGCCUUGUUGUCAUAUCCCGGCUGCUAGGCCAGCAGGAGACUCUCCCUCUCUGGACAGAGAAGGCUCAGCUGUCCUCCCUCAGCCGCCUGCUCUGCCUCAUGAGGCCAGCAUCCCUAAGGCAAUACCUGGCCUCUGAGGUCCUGCAACCUUGUCAGGAGCAACAACCAAAGGCUAAUGCCGAACUCGACCGAAAGGUCUGCUACCUGUGCCACAGCCUCCUGACACUGGCUGGGGUGGUGGUCAGCUGCCAGGACAUCACUCCUGAUCAGUGGGGAAAGCUGCAGCUGCUGUGUGUGCAGUUGGACAGACACAUCAGCACCCAUAUCCGGGAGAGCCCCCAGGCCAUGCACCGGACCAAACUCAAGGAUCUGGCUGCCCAGACCUACAUCCGCUGGCAGGAGCUUCUGGCCCACGGCCAACCCCAGGCCCAGUACUUCAGCCCCUGGAAAGACAUCUAAUGGAGCAGGCUCUGUCUGGAAGGGAACAGAGCUAGGGGAGCAGGCAAAGAAUGGAGGCCAGAGAAAGACAAGUCUGAUGGAACAAGAACCUUCCUCUACCACCUCCCCAGUCCCAACCAGAAGAGGCAUCCACUUCUGUCUGCCUGGCCCACCUCUCAGUUUUCCUUCUUCCAGCAGCCAUUUAGCUCCGCUUCCCCCAAAGCUUUUGUCUCCCUAGCUCUGGUUUCCCUGGGCCUCCUCCUUCCUCUGUCACGAAUGUGAGGCUUCUUUGUGUACACUAAAGUCGUAUUUCAGCAUC